UCCCUGCCGGGUGUGUGAGCGACGUACGAAUUGUGUAUCUGUAAUUUACUUAAUUUUAAGUGUAAACAAUGAGUUUUGUAAAUUGUUUAGUCGUGCGAUAUUGAAAAUAUUCCUAAUCUCAUUGCCAAUGUCGUAAUUUAGGAGUUUUAUACGAUUUUUAUAUUGAUGUGAGGUUCUCGUGCUUUGUCUUCGUGUGUGACAAUAUACUCAAAAUGGCGCAUCAACUGGCACCGUCUGUAAAUUGUUCAUUGGACGACAUUGACCUCAGCGCACUAAAGGAUCCUGCUGGUAUAUUUGAACUCAUUGAAGUUGUCGGAAAUGGCACUUAUGGACAAGUAUACAAGGGUCGUCACACAAAAACAGGACAACUUGCAGCCAUCAAAGUUAUGGAUGUCACACAAGAUGAGGAGGAAGAGAUAAAGCUUGAGAUAAAUGUGUUGAAAAAGUACUCUAAUCACCGCAACAUUGCCACAUAUUAUGGAGCUUUUAUCAAAAAGAGCCCUCCUGGGAAGGAUGACCAACUAUGGUUGGUUAUGGAAUAUUGUGGAGCUGGAUCUGUAACAGAUUUAGUUAAGUCUACCAAGGGUCAGUCAUUAAAAGAAGAAUGGAUUUCAUACAUUUGUAGAGAAAUUCUCAGAGGUCUCAGUUAUUUACACUCCAAUAAAGUUAUUCAUCGUGACAUCAAGGGACAAAAUGUGCUGCUAACAGACAAUGCUGAAGUAAAACUUGUGGAUUUCGGUGUGUCGGCGCAGUUGGAUAGAACUAUAGGUAGGAGAAAUACAUUCAUUGGAACACCUUACUGGAUGGCACCCGAAGUCAUUGCGUGCGAUGAAAACCCCGACGCUACUUACGAUAAUCGUUCUGACCUUUGGUCGCUCGGUAUUACUGCCCUUGAGAUGGCAGAGAGUCAACCGCCCCUUUGUGAUCUUCACCCAAUGAGAGCUCUUUUCCUCAUUCCAAGAAAUCCGCCACCUCGUCUUAAGUCCAAGAAAUGGGCUAAGAAAUUUCAUAGUUUCAUUGAGACCGUGUUGGUAAAGGACUACCAUCAGCGGCCGUACACGGAACAACUUCUGAAACAUGCAUUUAUAAGAGACCAACCUACCGAGAGGCAAGUGAGGAUACAACUCAAAGAUCAUAUAGACAGAUGUAAGAAGCGAAAGCAGGACAACUCAGUACGAGAGGACUACAAGUAUUCGGGCUCGGAAGGAGAGGAAGAAGAAAACGCUGUCGCCGGGGAACCAUCGUCCAUCGUCCACAAUGCAGCUGCUCAUCAAGGCGGAGACACUCUUCGUCGCAACUUCCAACAAAUCCAGGAAGGACCGAGACCUGCCGAAGUACCUCAGCCGCAACCACCGCCGAAACGAAACAGCAAGCGUGAGGAACGUGAAGAAAUUCCAGAGCCUGGCCCACCUGCAAGGCCAUCUAUUCCGCAAAGACUGAUUGUUGUACCAGAUCCUCAGGCACAACAGCCUAAUAGAUAUAGGCCUCUACCACCAACACCAAAGUCGUCCGGGUCGUCUAACAGCUCGGGCUCCAACAACGGCACGCCACCGGCCAGCGGCCCGCAGCCACCACAGCGUGGCUCUCACCACAUGUUCAAACCCAUGCUUCCACCGCGAAGGCCGGAGGACUUGGACAAGCUAGCUGCACAACUUAAUGAGCUUGGCGUCGUGUCUGGUAACGAACCACCAAAUAGACCACCUCGUGCUCCCACCAAUGGUCAAGGACCGCCCGUCGAAAGAAACCAGCCGGAACCAGCAUUUGAGGACUCCGAUAGCGAUUCAGACGCUGAAGAGAGCGGGGGACGAGUCCGCAAUGAUGGCACCCUUCUCGCCAGCGACCCGCCUAAACCUCUUCCCGAGUUCUGUUACAGGCCAGGUCUGAGCGCGGUGUCGGAGGACGGCGGCGGCGGGGCGGGGGGCGGCGCGCCCACGCGUCCGCUGCCGCCCACUCCCGACGACGACGACACCCACGGCGACCGCACCCUUGUUAUGAAGAGGAGAGAGAAUAAUGAAAAUGACAAAAGGCAGUCAGAUGUCGAUGAAGCAGUAUUACUGAAGGAUUGGGACUUUGCCCGAUUUUUCCCAUCAAAAAGUUCUGAAAAAGAAGAAAAACAUGACCAUCCGAAAGAAUCGGACCAAAAGAGAGCUCAGCUGCAACGUCAGUCACGAUUAGAAAUGGAGGACGCAUGGUCCAAAUAUAAGGCUAUAGCUACUCCUCCUUCGCGACACAAGCAGUUAUUCCAAAAACCCACCGAAAAGACAUCUCAAGAUAAAUUAGCUGAUAUCUUGAAGUAUAAAAAGGAAUCUGAAUCAGAUGUUAACUCUCCAAACCGUUUCUUCCGCGGUUUUAGAAGAGAAAACUCCGACCUUUUCCCACUACCUAGUACACGUCACUCCGCUAUAUACUUUCCGAAGCAUGAAAGCCAAGCAGGAGCCAACAAACAACUUCGAUCCAGUGGAAUUUUUAACAACUCUCGUAAACAAGUUAUGAAAUCAUCGGCUGGAGAACCUAUCUUAACAGAUUUCAUAAAAACUAACGAUAGUUUAAAAAUGUCCGCUCAAAGCGAUGCUAGAAAAAGUGAGAAAAAGAGAACGCCCGACCGGAAAUUGGCAGCUAGUAACCCCAUCGACGCACUCAAGAAUGUUGCGGCAUUGAUUCGACAAGACAGCGAAAGUAAUGGGCCAAGUCGACAGAGUAGCGUGAAUAGUGAUUCUCCAGCAACGAGCAUCUGUUUCACAAGUAGUGCAUCUUUCGAAAAAGCCGGCACUCCCGACCUCACAGCCAAUACCCAUGAGAGUAAAUUGAUUUCUGAAAAUGUCAAUGAAACUAAUAUGGUGAAACCGCGAAGAGAAAAGACUGAAUCUGAUAUAGUUUUCCGGAGAAAUUCGCAAUAUAACCGGCAUACAGAGCUUAUGGCAAGUUGUGGGCAGGAAGCGGUACUCGCUCAGGAUCAGGGUCGUUCGAGUGGCGCCAACGAAGGAAGUGGAUCUCGAACUAGCUCGGUGCUUCCGGACCUGCUGAGUCAGGCUGGCCAGCCGACCACUCCUCCGCGUCACGACAAGUCUACUAGUGAAGAGUAUAGGCAAGCCAUAGCUGGAGGCACACCUCUUUCCCAUCAUCAUCACCAUCCACCUCCAUCCUCGGUCCAAUCUACGCCGUCCAAAUCGUUUGUGGUGGGCGCAGCGUCUCCUCAUCCCUUACAACAUUCCCCUUCAAAUUCGUCGGUGGGCUCCCAACAACAGUUCCUUCCUUUACAACAGAAGCAGCGUUCGUUCCUCACUUUCGGAUUCGGUGCGGGCUCAACCGGGAGCGGCGGCACGGGAGGCUCCGGUGGCAACGCUUCACGGCGCGAGAGCCACGUUAACGUUAAUGUCACUCCGACGGGACACGAUCUGUCGUCAGAUACACCCGAAAUACGUAAAUAUAAGAAGAGGUUCAAUUCGGAAAUCCUUUGUGCAGCACUGUGGGGAGUUAAUUUACUUAUUGGCACUGAAAACGGUUUGAUGUUGUUGGACCGUUCAGGGCAAGGAAAAGUUUAUCAGUUGAUCUCACGACGCCGCUUCCAACAAAUGGAAGUGUUAGAAGGACAGAAUAUUCUUGUGACCGUAUCUGGAAAGAAAAAUCGCGUACGUGUGUACUAUCUCAGUUGGCUAAAGUCCAAAAUCCUGCGCACUGAUGGACUUAGUGACCAAGCAGAACGAAGAAAUGGAUGGAUUAAUGUUGGUGAACUGCAGGGUGCAGUUCACUUCCGUAUUGUCAAAUACGAAAGGAUCAAGUUCCUUGUUAUAGCCCUGAAGGACUCUAUUGAGAUCUAUGCUUGGGCGCCAAAACCAUAUCACAAAUUCAUGGCUUUUAAAAACUUUGGAGAUCUGCAACAUAGGCCCCUUUUAGUUGAUUUGACUAUAGAAGACAGCACAAGACUGAAAGUAAUUUAUGGUUCGGCAGAUGGCUUCCACGCGGUUGAUUUAGAUACUGCCACAGUCUACGAUAUUUAUAUCCCAAAGCAUACACAAGGAGCUAUUGUGCCACAUUGCAUUGUACCCCUUCCAAACUCCAAUGGAGUACAGUUGCUGUUAUGCUAUGAUAAUGAAGGAGUUUAUGUGAACACAUAUGGACGAGUAAGCAAGAAUAUUGUUCUCCAGGUCUUUUUCCAGUGGGGUGAAAUGCCAACAUCAGUAGCCUACAUAGGCACAGGACAAAUCAUGGGUUGGGGCAAUAAAGCCAUCGAGAUCCGUUCAGUAGAAACCGGUCAUCUCGACGGCGUGUUUAUGCACAAGAAAGCACAACGACUCAAAUUCUUAUGUGAACGAAAUGAUAAAGUGUUCUUCUCUUCCGCCAAAGGUGGUUCCUCUUGUCAGAUAUACUUCAUGACGCUCAACAAACCUGGCAUGGCCAACUGGUAGUGCAGGGGCGCGGCCGGCGCCGAGUGCGCCGCUCAUCUGUGAUUGUAACCGCACGGCGUCCCUCAUUAAGUGCAUGCCCGUACUGUACAAGAUAAUGCCAGUAGAAUAGUCAAUAAUACAAAAAUCAUGUGCUUUGGCCACUCGAAAUUCAAAGACUUGUGAUAGUGACAGAAAUUAGUAUAUGUGCUCAAAAGACAAUCCACAAAAUAAUAUUACAUUCAAGUAUUCGAGGACCUUCUUAGUAAAUGUGGCAUUUUGUACUGAUGAAGAUAAUUUUCAUUACAAGCUAUUAAGGAAUAUAUAUUAUUAUAAGCAAUAACCUCUAGGAUAAAUGUUUUGAUAUUGACAAUUAUGCAUAAGUAAGUUAAUGUGCUUAGGUUUUAUAUUAUGUUGCAAUUGAUUAUUUCUAAAAGAAAAUGUAAUUGAAAUCAACUAUUAAUUCAUAUAUGCCAUAUUGUUUAUAAUGUUAAGAUAGUUGGGUGAUGAUUAUAAUUAAUUGGUUACAUAAUUAUUUUUAUGAUAUUAACAAAGGAGAAAUGCCAUGUUUGACAGGUUAUAAAUUAUUAUAACAAACAUUCAAUACAACACAAUUAGAAUUAAUGUAAAAUUACUCUUCGAUUUACAUUUGUAAGGUUCAUUCACUUAACAAAUUGGCAUUUAGUCAAGUCACUUUGUAUCAUAAUUAUCACACCAAACUACAUUUUUAUUAAUGGAUAAAUCCUAAAAAUUUGGUAAUAUUUAUUAUUUAUUUGUUAUGUACU